CGGUUACGUGAUAAUUUGGCGCCACCGUGUGGAAGAAAUGAGUAGAAACCAUGAAAAAAAUUACCUACAUUUUCUGUCCCAUUUGCUUUGCCGUAGCCAGUUCUAACGUGAACCGUAUGGUAAAGAAAAAAAGAGCUUCGAAUACUGUAUUUUGUCGGAUACCCCUUUGCUGUAACAGCAUCAAUGRCUCGCUUUGCACUGGAUGUUUGCGCUCAGUGCCAGCAGAGAGGGCUUUUGCAGUAGCUCGCACCGAUGGUUCUAGACGUGGGAGCUACAGGAAUGGGAUGAUCCACAUGUUGACUAAUAGUUUAUUUUUUAUUUUUAAGAAUGUAUUUAUUUUAAGAGAUUACUUCAAACAAUACAUCCAUGAAGAUGUAUCUCCGUGACUCGCUGUGACUCGCGCUGUCUAUUGUGUGAAGAAGAAUGUCUCCACCGCUGACGACUCUGCUGUCCGGGCUGUGGCUGUGCUUGGUUCUGUCCGGUGCUGCUAGGCCGAUGUGGAAAGCUUGUGACAAUGGCAAGCUCUUGCUGGGGAGAGACCUGCCCCCCUCAGUUGUGUGGAGCUGUCCUGUGAUUUCCUGGCCAGAGUCCACUACCCAGAAGAUUCCUAGCAUUGACACAAAGUAUCCCCCACAGCGGAUCGAGCACGUCUGCAUGGACACACCCAUCACAUACAAUCACACUAUCCCCAAUAGUGGUGCUCACCGGASUGUAGGGGCAGAGAGUGGKGAGUACCUGUACUGCCCSCCUCAACGCUGGCURAACAACCUGCAGCAUGGAGCAACAGUGUUGCUGUACCAUCCGUGUGCUCCUGUUUGUCAGCGUGACCUGCUGUCUGUCCUGGGCCACCGCUGUCUGUCUGACUACAUCAUAACGCCACACCCUGACCUCAGCAAACACAGACCGUUAGCGCUGGUGUCCUGGGGUCGCACGCUGGAGCUGUCCCAGGUGACCACGUCGGAGGUCUGUGAUUGGCUGCAGUUGACAGCGGCACACGGGAACCGUGGCGACGUGGAUCAAAGCAGACAGUAUAACUUGCUGUUGACCCWUCCUGCAGAUCACAAACACGCAUGCCCAAAGCUAAAGUCUCUGAGGCAGUGCUGUGAGGAGACCCUCUCUCUUCUGGAUGGAUGGUUGGAGGUGACAGACUGGGGGAGAGGGAGGGUCCGCAAGAGCCGAGCUGCACUCAGGAAGGAGGGGAAGGAGAGACAGACCACCCUGGACAGAACCGAGCCGAACAGAGUCCAGAAACAUGGAACCACACUCCAACCUGAAGCACAGGGCCAAGCCACAGUGAGGGCUACACAGGGAGGCACGGACCGAGGACUCAAAGUGACUCAACCUCACCGCAUAGAAAAUGACACUGAUGAAAAAGAUCCCAGAGGCAAAGUGAGAGAAACAGACUGGGUGAACCAGAACGAAGCAGAGGACAAGAGCAGCAGACACGAGGGAGAGACACAGCCCCGUAACUCUCCAACCAAGAGGAAAAAGCCUCUGUCUCAGAGUCAGCCCAAACAGCUGGCUGUCACUCAGGCAAACAGCCAGGACAGGAGAGCAGACUGUGAUGUUAGGGUGGGCCACUGCGAGUACACUGAGACCGUAGCUCCGCUAGGGGGCGCCGUGGCUGGACCCGGUGACAGGAUGCUGCCCACUCCGCGGACAGACGAGGCGGUGUGGGCGGUGGCGGCGUUGGGCUUCCUCCUGGUGCUGCUGGUGCUGUCCGUGCUGCACACACGCCUCUACCGCCACUGGCGCACAACGCCCAGCAUGUACUGGCACGACCCCAAGCAGGACUACGACAGGGUGGCAGAUGUGAUCCACAGGAGGCUGAAGAUGCCAGGGAGGAGGAAGAGGAGGGCGUCCAAGAGCCGAAGACAGGAGUGUGCCCUCCUACCACCCAGCUCCAGCACAGAGGAGGACGAGUAGAAACAGGUCUCUCUCAUUCCUCUCUCCCUCCAUCUGUUUAUUAUAUCCAUCUUGUCUUUACCCUGUGAGAAGAGAAGAAAGAGGAGAGGACAUUGGGACCUAAAAGCAGGGUACUCCUACUGGCCUAAUAACAUUGCUAUGCUGAAGAAACAUUUUAUGGAUUUUUUUGUGUGUAACGAGACCUCAAACAGGUACAUCUUCUAUUGCCGGUACUUAAGAGGGAAUAUUUUAGUAUUUUAACUGUCAUACAACACUCCAUAGUACAAAACCCCAUUCAAUCAGAUCACAUUACAGUAGAUCAUUCACAAUCACCACCAAUGACGCCGUUUUACUACACAUUCAAGCCUUUUCUCAUAGGGGCAGAGUCAGACUUAGGAAAUGUACGCCUUUCCUACGCACUUCUAAGUAGUCGAUAUUCAGACUUGCCAUAUGAAGGUGCGCAACAAGAUAUGCGGGUGUGGCUCCCACAAUAAAUUGAAUUCAACCCCAGAAAACCCACCCACUAGGUGGCCGACAGAAUUGACCAGGGAGUUUUCAUUCAAUUCCUUUUUUUCCCCCKUGUUCAUUUAUUUUAAACAAUCCCUUUGAAUAUGGAUUUGGACAGUGAAGAUAACUUUUUUCAAUUUAGAUCACAUGUUUCAUAUGAGGCGAGAGUACAGAAUGUCACCUUUAACUUGAGGGUAAUUUCUGUUUUCUGUUUUACUGUUUAGAAAUGAAGGGACUAUGUAUCUAUACCACCCAUUUGAAGAAGUAUUUGGACAAAUUCACUUAGUAUAUUAAAGUUGUUAAAAUUUUAGUAUUUGGUCCCAUAUUCCUUGCACUCAAUGGCUACAUCAAGCGUGUGACCCUACAAGUGUUUAUUGUAAGUAAGGACAGAAUGUUUCAGAACACUUCUACAUUAAUGUGGAUGCUACCAUGAUUAUCAGUAAUCAUGAAUGAUGAGUGAAUAAUGAUGAGUGAAGG